UUCAUAAAAAACACCCACUGUGCUUGUAAAAUUGUGAAGAAGAAAUUUUAAUAUUUUUAAAUUAGAUUAGUUUUGUGGCAUUACUUGUAAAGUUAAUGUAUUUAAAGUAAGCUAAUUUUGGCCGAUUUGUUAUUCGAAAAUAUUGACUAUUUCGACCAAUAUGUUUAGUGUUAAUUGAUGUCUUGUACAACGUUUUGUUUACAUACUUCUAACCUAUAACACACGCUGCAAGAUUUUACACCUCCUCUACCUUUACAAUCUGAAUAACUUCUUCUGAUCAUGGACAACGAAGUAAGAUGUUAUAAUGACAUAGCAAAAGAAAAAUACGAUUCAGAAGGUGUAAUUACGGAUACUUCAUCAGAUCAGAUUGAUGUGGAAGCUGUCAUCUUGAACCUAUACAAACAGUUUGAGAAAAAUGCUGCCAUUGAUCCAGAUUUGCCAUUACUCAAUAGGAAAGCUCACAUAACUGUGCUUAAGACGUGGUUAAAAGGUCUGCCUAAGAGUUAUGAAUGCUUAGAUGCCAGCAGAACAUGGCUAGUUUACUGGAUCCUGCAUUCACUAUGGCUGCUUAAUGACAUGCCUGAUGCUGAAACUCUUUCACACACUGUUCAAUUCUUGUCACAUUGUCAACAUGAAGAAGGUGGUUAUGGAGGUGGACCAAAACAAUUCCCUCAUCUUGGCACUACCUAUGCUGCAGUAAAUGCGCUUAGUAUUAUUGGCACAGAUGAAGCAUACGAUUCCAUAGACAGAAGUUCUCUUCAGAAGUUUUUGUGGACAGUAAGAGAAGUUGAUGGCUCCUUUGCCCUUCAUAAAGGUGGUGAACAGGAUAUAAGAGGUGCAUAUUGCGCUAUAAGCAUUGCUAAAAUAACAAAUACUUACACAGAAGCCUUGUUUGAUAAAACAGCUGAAUGGAUUGUUAGUUGCCAAACAUAUGAAGGUGGUUUUGCUGGCUGUCCUGGCAUGGAAGCUCAUGGUGGAUAUGCAUUUUGUGGCUUGGCAUCUCUAGCCCUCUUAAAUAGAACAGCUCUGUGUGACAUUGAUGCCCUGUUAAGAUGGUGUGUGAAUCGCCAAAUGCGUGUAGAAGGUGGAUUUCAAGGACGAACUAAUAAAUUGGUAGACGGAUGUUAUUCAUUUUGGCAAGGAGCUGCUUUUCCAAUUAUAAGUGCAAUACUAUCACAAGGGAAUAAAGAACUAAUCGAAACAGUAUUUUUCAACCAGAGUGCUCUCCAAGAGUACAUCACUGUGUGCUGUCAAGCUCGCGAUGGCGGCCUUAUUGAUAAACCUGGAAAAUUUCGUGACAUAUAUCAUACCUGUUACACUUUGAGCGGCUUAUCGGUGGCGCAACACGGCACCGGUGUCGGCGACGCCUUCGUAGUUGGUUCACCGAGUAACGAGCUAAACCGGGUCCACCCUCUGCAUAAUGUUGCACCACAUCUUGUUUAUAACGCUGUUCACUAUUUUAUCAGACACCCGCCUCCGGUAAAGGAUAAGAAUUAAUGAAAAUGACAUACAUUUUUACUUUUUACAUACAACUCGAUCGAGCUAACUGCGCACCGCUGGAAUGCGACUCCCUCCCACUUCCGCACACCUCCCCCAGUUGGCCCCGUCCGUACCGUCGAUGGCCGCCAGGUACGCAAUUAAUUCGACAGGUUGUACCUAUUCAGUGUACAUGCAAAUUCGUCUUAAAAUAGGAUUUAAAAGGAUCGUGAGUAAAAAGUAACCAAAACCGUUAGGCGUUUAUCAGCGCAGCGCGCAGCGGCAGCGGCACCUGUACGGCUAGCACGAAAAACUUUCGAGUUCGAAUCGUUUGCAUAUUCGGUAAAAUUCGAUACUCAACCUUCGAAUCAAACGAUAACGUGACAAUUUUGAUUCUCAAAAUAAGUUUCGUGCAACCAUUUCUCAUACUAAGUUCACUUUAGGACACGUUCACAAGGGCUCUGUUGUAGUUUUUGUACUAAAUCUUUUGAUGGCGAUUCGAAUACAUAAACGAUUCAAACUCGAAAAUUUUUCGUGCUAGCCGUAACGUACUGCUGCCACAAUGACAUAGUGUACCUAUAACGCGCAGGUAGGCGCGCCGAGGCAUAGAUCUGGCGUCUAAAAUUAGUUCUAGUACUUAUUAUUAUUCUGUGGUUCUAUUUUCUCGUAGAUAUAAAAAUAUGUAGGUAUUUAUAAUUGUUAUACUGGUUUAUUGAAUGUUCGUUUGUUCGUUCGUUCGUUUCAGCCGAAAGACGUCCACUGCUGGACAAAGGCCUUAUUGAAUGUAGAAAAGCGAAAUACAACUCACUGAUUAAUCACGAAAUCUCAGAAACUAUAACACCUACAAACUUGAAAUUGGGCAAGUAGGUUUCUAGAUUGUAGAAAUCCGCUAAAAACGGAUUUUACGAAACUCCACUCCUAAGGGGUUAUAACGAGGUCCAAGCGUACGAAGUCGCUAAUCUCAAUCUGUUUUUGUUGUUCCAACUAUCACAUCAAAACCAGAGCCCCGAUUACGGUAACUUAUAACGUCAACAAUCCAGACACGCUUCUCGAUUCUGCGAUACGAUUGGUCGUUCAACAGCGUAUGUCAGCUGUUUUGACCAAUCGUAUUGCAGAAUCAGAAACGCGUCUGGAUUGUAGACGUUAAAAGUUACCGUAAUCGGGGUGCAGAGCUUAUACUAUGGCGACGAGAUAGGUAUCUACAGGGUGUUAGUUAAAUGGUAUAUUAAGCCGACACAAACAUGAAAAACUUCACCACACUAUGGACCUAUUUAUUUAUAUUCUUAAUGUUAACAUAGGCUAAUGUCGGCUAUACCAUUUACCUAACAGCCUCUAUUAAAGCUUAAUAUUAAAGCUUAAAGGUUUGUUUACUUGAACGCGCUAAUCUCAAGAACUACUGGGCCGAAUUGAAAAAAUAUUUUUGUAUUGCAUAGCCCAUUCUAUCGAGGAAGGCUUUAGGCUAUACAGGGUGGAAUUUUGUAAUGCCACCUGGAGGGAAAGUACUUUUAAUAUUGUAGAUAGAAUUUUUUCCUCAAAGAAAACAUUCCUUUAUUUUUGAAAAGAAAUAGAACUGCAUUCAAAGAUUUCCUAAAAUUUUAUUGCCACACCCGGGAAUCGAACCAACUAAAAUAUGACAAAAAUUACACCCUGUAUUUGUAUUGCAUCGAUCGUUAGGGUUAAGUAUAAUGAUGAAAUCUCUCUAACAAACUUGAUAAAUCAAAUGAAAGGAAAACUAUGAAAUCUUAAAUUAUCUUAAUUAUUUACAGAAAAUUGUAUGGUAUGGUAGUGAGUUUUCGAAAAUGUAUGAAUGCAGUUCUCUUUCUUUUCAAAAUUAAAGGAAUGUUUUCUUUCAGUAUAAUUUUCUGUCUACAGUAUUAAGAGUACUUUCCCUCCAGGUGGCAUUACAAAAUUCCACCCUGUAUAACAUUAUUAUCCUAGGGGCGCAGCAGUAAAGAAAUAAAUGUUACAAAAUUGGGAAAUAUUGAUAAUUCUAGAGCUCGUAUGCCGAGAUGAGCACUAAUGAAGUAGAUAUUAUUAAUAAUCUGUGCAACGCGACCAAACGGGCACCCAGUGUGACACGCGCGCCAUCUCCUUUGGAACCGCACAAACGACGAUGGUCUGUGGUCCGUGUGGUCAGUGGCCAUUAUUAAUAAUCGUAGCCGAAAUUUAUUAUUUAUAAUAGAUUUGUAUCGAGUGGCUGCCACAUGUGUCGCGAAAGAGUCGCUAGUGGACGCCUCUCGCUACACUUGUAUAAUACAAAACGUGUUUUUUUUCUAAUGAUAAAUCAUGUAAGAUCGAUAUGGCUGUGGUCAGUGGGCGCGAAGCCCUGGUUCCGUACCUUUUAUCACACUUCGCGUUUAUGGCCGAAGUCCUCAAAUACUUAACUAUCAGCAAUUAUAUUUCCAUUGUUUAAUUAACCUAAUAACUCUUGCUUACAUACACUAAUAGUAAAUUUGUAAAUAUUAUUCUAAUAUGUAAGUACUUAGCUAAUAAAGGAGUUCAUGUUCAAGUUUUCUUUAAUAGUCUAGAACUUUCCACUGACAGUUUUAUGUAGGAACCUACUGAAUAAUGUGUUUAAGUAAAUUCUACAAUAAUCUGUAAUUCAUAUUUAUUUACCUACAAAUAAAUAUUUGUCCUAUCGCACAAA